AUGUUCCUUCACCUCUCCUCUCAUCGCCACUCUCUGAGUGUCAGAAUGAGUUUAGACUCGUCUCGCUCAGCUAAUUCUAAACGAAGCUUCUCUAAUUCAAUAUCUUCCAACCGUUCCAACGAUAGCAGUAGAAAGAACACCAAAAAGAAGAAGACAACCACCAACCAGAAAACCCUAGGCGUUGCCUGGGCCUCAAAGUCAAAUUCUCAUUCCUCCUCACGAAAUUCCGCCUUCUCCGGUUUCGCCAGUUAUAUGACGGAGAAGAAUCGGAAACUACACAACCAGUUUGACGCUGAGGCUUCCGCGUCGUCUUUUAGUGGCUCUACUUCUGGGAGGCCUAUAUUCAGUGGAGUUUCAAUUUUUGUUGAUGGUUUCACGGUUCCUUCCAGCCAGGAACUGCGGAGCUACAUGCUAAAGUAUGGUGGAAGAUUUGAGAAUUAUUUCUCAAGAUAUCGUGUAACACAUAUCAUCUGCAGUAAUCUGCCUGAUAGUAAAGUUAAGAACCUCAGAGCCUUCAGUGCAGGGUUGCCAGUGGUGAAACCCACUUGGAUUUUAGAUUCUGUUGCUGCUAACAGACUGUUAAGCUGGGUGCCUUACGAGCUUGACCAACUAGCUAAUAAACAAUCAAAACUUUCAGCCUACUUCACAUCGAAGAGUAGUAAAAUGCCAGAGGAUGCUUUGACAAAUUCCCUUUGUCAAGUAGUGUCAGAUGUUGGAGAUUCAUCUGUGAUGGUUGGCCACUCAGAUUCAGAGGAUAGACAAUCAUCCAAAAUUGGGAAGAUGACUAAACAUAGUGGGCAAAUCAGUACUACAGCUGAUAAUAUUGUCCCGGAGAAUAAUCAUGCAAUUAUGAUGGAGGAGCUGAACAGUGUUAGAGUUAAGUCCGAUGAAGAGGAGCAAGCAGCUGGAAGCAAUGCUGCUACAAAAGAUGAGAGAAAUGUAAAAGGUGAACUUGAACACACUCAUGAAGCAGCUUCUACAUCUUUUAGUUCUCACUGCUCAUAUAAGCAGAAUGCAAGAGAAUUUCCAAGUUCUAAGAAAGUAAACAAAGAUAGAAAAGCAACUGCUAAUGUGGGACAGGGGAGCUCACGAUUACACUUUAUAGGAACCUGGCGAAAUCGGUAUAGAAAGCGUCUUUCCACCUUGUCUUCUGGAUUUAACAAUGAAAAUUCUAAUAUUAGUGCCUCUAAUAUUUCUCAUAAUUCAGUCAUUAUCCAUGUUGACAUGGACUGCUUUUUUGUUUCAGUGGUUAUCAGGAACCACCCUGAAUUGUUGGACCAGCCUGUAGCUGUGUGUCAUUCAAGUAAUUCAAAUGGAACUGCUGAGAUUUCCUCUGCAAACUACCCAGCUCGUAGUCAUGGUAUUAGGGCCGGUAUGUUUGUUCGAGAUGCCAAGGCUCUUUGUCCCCAUCUUGUUAUCUGUCCAUACAACUUUGAAGCUUACGAGGAAGUAGCUGAUCAAUUUUACAGUAUAUUGCACCAGCAUUGUGACAAAGUGCAGGCGGUAAGUUGUGAUGAAGCAUUUUUAGAUGUGACAAAUUCAGAGGUUGAAGAUCCCGACCUUUUAGCUUCAUCAAUUAGAGAAGAGAUCUAUAAGACCACUGGAUGUACAGCUAGUGCUGGUAUAGCAGGAAAUAUGCUUAUGGCUCGUAUUGCUACUAGAACUGCAAAACCAAAUGGUCAAUAUCACAUAACUAAAGAAAAGGCCUCACUGCAAAAGGACUUUGGUACAAAAACAGGAGAAAUGCUGUGGAAUUAUUGCAGAGGAAUUGAUAACCGGUUAGUUGGGAGCUUUCAGUACUUGUCUAGGGAUUGGCUCACAGUUGAAAGCAAGUCUGUUGGUGCUGAUGUAAAUUGGGGCGGGCGCACUUUCACUCUGAAGAUUAAAAAGAGAAGGAAAGAUGCUGAUGAGCCUGCAAAGUUUAUGGGUUGUGGGGACUGUGAAAAUCUGAGUCACUCUGUGACGAUUCCUCUUGCUACUGAUAAUGUGGAAAUACUCCAAAGAAUUGUAAAGCAGCUGUUUGGAUGUUUUUACAUAGAUGUCAAGGAGAUUCGAGGUAUUGGCUUGCAAGUUUCCAGACUUGAAAGUGAAGAAGCUUCUAAACAAGGUACAGCAAAAUAUUCUUUGAAAUCAUGGCUCACUUCUGGAUAUGCAAGUGUAGAAAAUCAGAAAUUUCCUAUAGGUUUUAGUAAUGAUGGAAUUAAUGCAAAAGCUUUGGUGUUUUCUCUUGCUUCAGAUCAUGACAAGCAGAGCAGGGAUAGCACGUCCAGUCAUGCAUGUAUAGAUCUGCGAGAGUCUUCAGUGGAAAUGGACAUAAAAAUACCAAAUAAUGAAGCUAGAACUGAUCCAAUUUCAACACCCCCUCCUUUAUGUAAACUUGACAUGGAAGUUAUAAGGAAUCUUCCCCCAGAUGUAUUUUCAGAAUUAAAUGAAAUUUACGGAGGAAAGUUAAUUGAUUAUAUUGCUAACAGGACAAACACAAGUGAGAGUUCUAGCCCUUCAGGAAACUCAUCUUUGGAGCAAGAAGCAAUAAACAAUGAAGAGGAACUUCCCUAUUCUGAGCCGAUUCCCCAAAACAAUUUAUUAUCAACAAAUAAGGCAAAGCAGUAUGUGUCGGACAAUAAUGAAGGUGAAGCAGUACCAUAUCCAGCGUGUGAACCCUGUUUCAAGGUUACACACCAUUCUACUUUUGAAAAUGAUGAUUUAUUGCCUUCUUCUUUUAGUCAAGUUGAUGGUUCAGUGUUUCAACAAUUGCCUGAGGAUUUGAAAGCUGUCAUUGUUGAGCAGCUUCCUGCACACAGGAGGCCAGAGAUGUGCUCCAAUGUUGUUGUGAUCCCUCCUCUUGAAAACAAUUCAUUGUCAGUAGGCGUUGAAAUUUCUGAGAAUUCUCCUGGAUCUAGUUAUCAUGACAGUCUAUGGGUUGGGAAUCCUCCAAACUGGGUUGGGAAGUUUAAAGUUAGCAGUUGCUUAAUUUUAAAGAAACUAGCAGAAAUGUAUUUCAAAUCAGGGUUGGCUAGCACAUUUUCUUCAGUUUUGCACCAAAUUAUAUCUGAGUUCUUUGAGCCAAAUCUGACCCAGCAGUUUUCUGAUGAAACUGUUAACAUUAUGUGUGAGCUACUAAGGCAGUAUAUCAAAGUGAAGAUAGAAAGAGAUAUUGAAGAGAUUUAUAUUUGUUUUCGGCUUCUGAAAAGACCUAGAGGCUGGAAUAGAUUAAAAAGAGGUUUGCAGCCAAGUCCCAAUUUUUCUUACAAGUAUAUAAUAGUGUAUGUCCUUACCUUCAGGUAUGCCUUCAGCUUACUUUCACUUUUACCAUUGUCUGCUGCUUAUCAAUCAAACAACACAUUCAUUAAAACGGGGCAAAAGCAGGCAGGGCACAGGGUUGUGUGUGCUGGGACACCUGAAAAAUUUUAG